AUGUCUGUCUUUUAUCUAUUAUUUUUUCUUUAUAUCUAUUAUUCUAUCUAUCUCAGUCUGUUUUUCAUACCUAUCUAUCCAUCGCUGCCUAAUUCUAUCUAUCUAUCUAUGCUUAAAAUAUUUUCUAUCCAAAUCUUCUCUAAUAUCUAUCUAUCUUUCUUCUAUCUAAAGUACUCACAUAAGACAUUGCCUCCAAAUCCUCUAUUCUUAAAAAAAACUAUCUAUCUAUCUCUAUCUAGACUAUCUAUAUCUAUCUAUCUAGAUUUAUUUCAUCUCUAUUCUUAUUUCAUCUAUCUAUUUUUUUCUAUCAGACUUUAUCUAAAAAUUAUAUCUGAUCUCUUCAAAUGGAUAUUUAUUUCAAAUUUAUUUUCAAUAUUAAUUUUAUAUUAUAAUCUAUCUUAUCUAUCUAUCAAUCACCCUAUCAUCUAUCAUAUUCACCAUUAUAUAAAAUUAGUUUAUUGUUUAAAAACAUCAUUACUAUUAUCUAUCAUCUAUCUAUCUAUCUUUACUUCUAUCUAUCUAUCUAUCUAUAUUCAGGUUUAUCUAUUGCUUUUCUAUCUGUCUAUAUCUAAUCUGUCUAUCUAUCUAUCUAUAUAUCUAUCUACUCAAGUCUGUCUGUCUAUCUAUCUUUACCCAAGUCCCUCUGUCUGUCUGUCUGUCUGUUCAUUCAUCCAUCCCCAAAUAUUUUUAUUUAUCUAUGCUAUAUAUAUAUUAAAUUAUCUAUCUCUUUUUCAAAACGCUUUAUCUAUCUAUCUAUCAUCGUGGUAA